GCUCCGCACUCCAGCGCUGAGCCACCUUCCCCUCGGUGAAGGGAAAGGAGGAGAAGGAGAGGAGGGGUGGGGGAAAAGCCAAAAGAACCCCCCCUUUCCCAAACCAAUCCAAACCCCAAUCCCACCCCUCCCUUUCUCACCCCACUUCUCUCCCCUUCUCGGAUCGUCUUUUCUCCUCUGCUGGGAAGCCUCCAUGUGUGUAAAUGGCCGGGGCACAGCCAGGAGUUCACGCUUUGCAACUCAAACCUGUCAGUGUCUCCGACAACCUGAAGAAAGGCAUCAAAUUUGUCAAAUGGGAUGAUGACUCCACUAUUGUUACUCCAAUUAUUCUGAGGACUGAUCCACAAGGAUUUUUCUUUUAUUGGACAGAUCAGAAUAAGGAGACUGAGCUCUUAGAUCUCAGCCUUGUCAAGGAUGCCAGAUGUGGGAAACAUGCCAGAGCCCCAAAGGAUCCAAAAUUACGUGAGCUCUUGGAUGUGGGGAACAUAGGACGCCUGGAACAUCGAAUGAUAACUGUGGUAUAUGGUCAGGACUUGGUCAACAUUUCCUAUUUGAAUUUAGUAGCAUUUCAAGAAGAAGUAGCCAAGGAAUGGACAGAUGAGGUUUUCAGUUUGGCAACAAAUCUGCUGGCACAAAACAUGUCUAGGGACGCAUUUCUGGAAAAAGCUUAUACCAAACUCAAGCUACAAGUUACUCCUGAAGGACGAAUUCCUCUCAAAAACAUCUAUCGCUUGUUUUCAGCAGACCGAAAACGAGUUGAAACUGCUUUAGAAGCUUGUAGCCUUCCAUCUUCAAGGAAUGAUUCAAUACCUCAAGAGGACUUCACUCCAGAAGUAUACAGAGUGUUUUUAAAUAACCUUUGCCCUCGACCUGAAAUUGAUAACAUCUUUUCUGAAUUUGGUGCCAAGAGUAGACCAUAUCUUACUGUUGAUCAAAUGAUGGAAUUUAUCAAUUUAAAGCAACGAGAUCCCCGGCUCAAUGAAAUACUUUAUCCACCCUUAAAACAGGAGCAAGUCCAAGUGCUGAUUGAGAAGUAUGAACCUAACAAUUCCCUAGCAAAAAAAGGACAGAUCUCAGUGGAUGGAUUCAUGCGCUAUCUGAGUGGAGAAGAAAAUGGAGUUGUUCCACCUGAGAAACUGGAUUUGAAUGAAGAUAUGUCUCAGCCACUCUCUCACUAUUUCAUUAAUUCUUCACACAACACCUACCUCACAGCUGGCCAGCUAGCUGGCAACUCCUCAGUAGAGAUGUAUCGCCAAGUACUCUUGUCUGGCUGUCGCUGUGUGGAGCUGGACUGCUGGAAGGGACGAACAGCAGAAGAAGAGCCUGUCAUUACCCAUGGUUUCACCAUGACAACGGAAAUCUCUUUUAAGGAGGUGAUAGAAGCUAUUGCUGAGUGUGCAUUUAAGACAUCACCAUACCCUAUCCUCCUUUCUUUUGAAAACCACGUGGAUUCUCCUAAACAGCAAGCCAAGAUGGCAGAAUAUUGCAGACUAAUAUUUGGAGAUGCACUGCUUAUGGAGCCAUUAGAAAAAUACCCACUUGAAUCUGGAGUUCCUCUUCCAAGCCCUAUGGACUUAAUGUAUAAAAUUUUGGUAAAAAACAAGAAGAAAUCACACAAGUCUUCAGAAGGAAGUGCCAAAAAGAAGCUAUCAGAGCAGGCAUCCAAUACUUAUAGUGACUCAUCCAGUGUGUUUGAACCAUCAUCUCCUGGAGCAGGAGAAGCAGAUAUGGAGAGUGAUGAUGAUGAUGAUGAUGAUGAUGACUGUAAAAAAUCUUCAAUGGAUGAGGGCACUGCUGGUAGUGAAGCCAUGGCCACAGAAGAAAUGUCUAACCUGGUAAACUAUAUACAACCAGUGAAAUUUGAGUCAUUUGAGACAUCAAAAAAAAGAAACAAAAGUUUUGAAAUGUCUUCUUUUGUGGAAACCAAAGGACUUGAGCAACUGACAAAGUCUCCAGUAGAAUUUGUAGAAUAUAACAAAAUGCAGCUUAGUAGGAUUUAUCCAAAGGGAACGCGUGUGGAUUCCUCAAAUUACAUGCCCCAAGUCUUCUGGAAUGCUGGAUGUCAAAUGGUGGCUCUUAACUUCCAAACAGUAGACUUGGCUAUGCAAUUGAACUUGGGAAUGUAUGAAUACAAUGGGAAAAGUGGUUACAGACUAAAGCCAGAAUUUAUGAGACGACCAGACAAGCAUUUUGAUCCAUUUACUGAAGGUAUCGUGGAUGGCAUAGUAGCCAAUACUUUAUCUGUUAAGAUCAUUUCAGGUCAGUUUCUUUCUGACAAAAAAGUUGGAACUUAUGUGGAGAUAGAUAUGUUUGGCUUACCUGUGGACACCAGGAGAAAAGCCUUUAAAACCAAGACGUCUCAAGGAAAUGCUGUAAAUCCAGUCUGGGAAGAAGAACCCAUAGUGUUCAAGAAGGUGGUCCUACCUUCUCUGGCAUGUUUAAGGAUAGCAGCAUAUGAAGAAGGAGGUAAAUUUAUUGGUCACCGGAUAUUGCCUGUACAAGCAAUUCGACCAGGCUAUCACUACAUUUGUCUGAGAAAUGAAAGGAAUCAGCCUCUGAUGCUUCCAGCAGUCUUCGUAUACAUCGAGGUGAAAGACUAUGUGCCAGAUACUUAUGCAGAUGUAAUUGAAGCAUUGUCAAAUCCCAUUCGAUAUGUGAACCUUAUGGAGCAAAGAGCUAAGCAGCUGGCAGCACUGACCCUAGAAGAUGAAGAAGAAGUAAAGAAAGAGGCUGAUCUUGGGGAAACACCAACAGAGUCUAAGAGUGAACCCAGACCAGCACCAGCCGAGAAUGGAGUCAAUCACACUACAUCACUGGCACCGAAACCACCAUCUCAGGUUGUCCACAGUCAACCAGCCCCAGGUUCGGUAAAAGCACCUGCAAAAACUGAAGAUCUUAUUCAGAGCGUCUUAACAGAUGUGGAAGCCCAGACAAUUGAAGAGUUAAAGCAGCAGAAGUCUUUUGUUAAACUUCAGAAGAAACAUUACAAAGAAAUGAAAGACCUUGUGAAGAGACAUCACAAGAAAACCACUGACCUCAUCAAAGAACACACUACAAAGUACAAUGAGAUCCAAAAUGAUUACUUGCGAAGGAGGGCUGUCCUAGAAAAAAACGCAAAAAGGGACAGCAAGAAGAAAUCUGAACCCAGCAGCCCUGAUCACGGCUCUUCAACAAUGGAACAAGACCUGGCUGCCCUGGAUGCAGAAAUGACACAGAAACUGGUGGAAUUGAAGGACAAGCAACAGCAGCAGCUACUGAAUCUGCGGCAGGAACAGUAUUACAGUGAAAAAUACCAGAAACGAGAACACAUCAAGCUGCUUAUUCAGAAGUUGACAGAUGUUGCAGAAGAAUGCCAGAACAAUCAACUAAAGAAACUGAAAGAAAUUUGUGAGAAAGAAAAGAAAGAGUUGAAGAAGAAAAUGGAUAGAAAAAGGCAGGAGAAGAUAACAGAAGCAAAGUCAAAAGACAAGAGCCAAAUGGAAGAGGAGAAGACUGAAAUGAUCCGGUCAUACAUCCAAGAGGUGGUGCAGUACAUAAAGAGACUAGAAGAUGCACAAAGCAAAAGGCAGGAGAAACUUUUAGAGAAACACAAGGAGAUCCGUCAGCAGAUACUGGAUGAAAAACCAAAGAUGCAGGUGGAACUUGACCAGGAAUAUCAAGACAAAUUCAAAAGGCUCCCCCUGGAAAUCCUGGAGUUUGUACAGGAAGCCAUGAAAGGAAAGAUCAGUGAAGAUGGCAAUCACAGCUCAGUCUCUUCCUCCCUCACCUCAGAUAGCAGCAAAGUGAACCACAAGUGUCCCCCCAGUGAGGAAGAACUGGAAGAAGACAAUGCAGAAAGAGUAUUUGAUACACCCCUCUAACUGCCCCCCACCAUGAUCCACAAGCAGGAGCCACAUCUUCACAAAGCUUGAUCUUUCCCCUCCCCCCCUUACUGUGAGCAUGGAGCUAGCAUCAAGAGACUUUGCUUAAUACAAUGCAUAUCUCCUGAGGGAAUCUUUCUGGCAAAGUGAUAUGCAGAGGCCUUCAUUCUCACUCUUCAGUUAAUCAUGCUGAAACAUACUGCAAGUCUAAUGAGGAAGAUAAUGUGUAUACCAUACAGAUAAAAAUAGAGAUAUUUACUUUCUUUUUACUAAGGCAGAAUGGCCCACAUGCACCAUUGGGAAUAUUUAACAAAGAAAGCCAUUUGCUGAUUUCUGUUUGAACUCGGAAUGUAGUAUUCUAAACCAACGCAGUGAGUGACAGAAAUGUGCAAUGCUAUCUAAUGCCAUGUAACAGCCAUAUUUGAGCUCUUCAUUCUAACUGCCUGUCAACAAUAGCCAUAUCAUCAAUUUAAUAUUUGCUUUGAAUUGUUUUAUCUUCUUUGCUUUGCAAGCACUGGUGGCUUGCUGUUUUGAUAUUAUGUUUAUCAUAGAGGUAAAAUUAUAUUUGCUGCUGAAAAUUUCUUCACAAGGAACAGUGGUGAUUUUUAAAAGUUUUUUUUUUCUUUAAAUGAAAAAGGCUUAACUUGCUUAUAUCCAGCCAGACCAAUGACCUAAAACAGUAAAAACAUGUCAGUAUAGUUUGCUAGGGUCUAUUUUAGGUAUCAACCCAGAUAACUGCAUAGCGACGUGGUCUCUGGUAUUUCCAGAUAUUUUAAGGCUGUUUCUACACAUGAAUAUAGGUUUGACCAUUUAGAUUCACAGGUCAUGUACUCACUAGCUAUAGGAUUAAAUGGAUUGAUCAAACAGUUGACAAAUAAUUGACCUGUGAAUCAAAAGAGUAAAGCCACUUUGAGUAUAUAAACACAGCCAUAAUGAACAGACUGUAGUGAGUCAUAUUGACUAUAAACUAGUUCUGACAUUCUAUGGUCCUUUUAUUUUGGAGUAUAAAGAUUGAAUAUUUAUCUAGAGAAUACACACAGACCCAUAUAUAAAAAUAUAUAUAAAUAUGUCUUGUAUCCAUGCAAAUGCAUACACACAGAACAACAUGUGUGUAUCUAUGCACAUUCAUAUAUAUGUGGGUGUAUUUAUUAUUUGGCAGUGAACCCAACCUCAUGUAUAAUAAAUUAAAUGAAAUUCAGGUUUAAGUGGGUAGGGAAAGUAAGUUUCUAAUAUCUAGAUUAUGUAGAUAUUAAAUUAUAUUAAAAUAUUAAGAAAACCAUUUUUGGCACUGGUGGUGUAAAGCAAAAUUUUGUUAGAACAUAAAAUACAUACGCAUAUUUUGCAGGCUCUAAAUGAUUGGUUUCAAGGGUCGGUUUUUAAGGUUCUAUCUACUUGUUUAAAGUGGAUAGAACUGAAUGAAAAAGUGGAUGACAGUACUGGAAAUGUUUUAUUUUCUACCACUAUCUUUUGCCCUAACUAAAAUUCAGUUUUACUAAGGUUUGAAACUGAAGCCCAUCCAUUGAAUGCUUUACAUAUAUCCAUUAUACAUCAAUCCAUUGAACCACAUUUUAAUGUGAUUAAAGAUUCAGAAUCAUCUGUGUUUAUAUAUUGUUAGACUAUAAAAAGCAAAUCAACCACAUGGUAAACACCGAUUAAAUUAUUAUAUUUGAAAGUUUUAUGUGGGUCAAGAUGUUUUUAAAUGAAAAAAUAUAACCUUUAGAUAUCAACAUAAGUACUUUUGUUGUUGUUCCAGACUUAUGAUUUCAUUGGUAUGAGGGAACUCCUGGUGGGAAACUUCCUCCACUGAUUAGCAGAUUUUCAGUAACUUAUAGUAUUCUAGGCACUGAGAGACUAGGUGGCUUGUCCAGGGUUAUACAGCUACUAUGUAUAAGAGACAGGGCUUGAAUUCAGGUCUUUCUGCCUCCAAGGUCAAAGCUCUAGUCAGUAUACCACACUGCCAUUCCAUAAAAAUAAUAGUUAGCUUAAAAUCUAUAGGAGAUAUUCCCAUUAUGUUUUAUUGAAAUUAAAGUAAUUAUCUUUGACAGGAGCAAAGCAUAGCAAUUUAAUACCCAGAAAACUUUUAUGCUCUUUAACUUAUAUUCCCUCAGGAGUUUAAUAUUUCUGUGCACCUUAUAUUAUUCAAAUUUAAGCAAUAACUAAAAGUCCAUCUUCAGUUUCAAUCAAGAUCAAGCUUAGGUCCAAACCUUAAAAAAUCCUUUUUUAAAAACAACUUUAAUAAGACAGGGGGGAGUCACCUGAUCUUUCCAGAUGAUUGUAUUUUGAACUAAAUUACUUUGAUUCAUUGAAUAAAGCUUCCACUUAGGAAAAGGGAAAUCCUUUAUAAAUAUUUCUACUUUGGCACUUUGAAGAUAAAGAUAGUGAUCAUAAAGAAACUAUAAUGGUCUCCAUUGAAUGCUCCAUUUUAUAACAGAAUUCCAGAUUGCCUGAAUGAUAGAUAAACUAAUAAGGAUAUUCAUAACUCCACAGCAUUGUAAUGAGUACAGUAGAUAGUGCAGAAUUUUAGUCUGGAAAUAGACUGAGGCUGACUAAUUUUUGAUUUAUACAAAAACAGUUCAGUUACACAAAACAAUUCAGUUAGUUGGUUUUCCGUAUCUUAACCACUGUAGCUAUUUUGCAAUAUGUUUGUAUUUGACCAUUUACUAUAAUCACAUUUUUUUAUAUCUGUACAGUGAUACUUUUUGCAGUUGUAGGGUAGUGUGUAACACUGUAUACCUUGCAUUGUUGAAACUAUAACAGUGAUACAAAUAUCAUUUAAUAAUAUUAAUAUUACUUGAAAUAGACUAAGAUGAAGAAAAAGGGGUCUUUAUGAUGUGUGGUCUUGUGCCUUUAUGUAUUUGCCUUGUUCUGUGUUGAAUGUAUGAAAUUCUGUACUGUGGAUGUUAUUCUAAUAGACAGUAGAGCCUUGCAUUUACCUAGAUUGUGCUCUUCAGCUAUCUUUACACUACUGAAAAUAGUGUGGUUUUGGCAGUGUGAACAGAAUUUUCAAAGUUCUAAUGAAAUGUCAGACAUUUUUGAAUUCAACUGUUUCAUUAUUGCCAUAUAUUAAUUAAUACAUGUGUAUUAGUUAAGCAAUCAUUGGAUGAUUUCUAAAGGAACGUUGCUUGCGUUUCUUUUAACUUUAAUGUUGCUCUUGUAUAUUGUAUUAAUAUUGUCUGUGAUGGAUUGGACUUUGUGAUUUUUGCCUUUUAAGAAAAAAGAUAGGACAAACUAUUGGAGCUAUUAAAAUGUACAUAUUUUGGUUUAUCAAUCUCAAAUUGUUUAAAAUGCAUAAUUCACAUUUUUGUAAUAAUUCUAUGCAAUUUUGUGGCAUGACGUUUCUUCCACUUGUAAUUUUAUGUGCUUUCAUCAACAGUUCCAAAGGAAAAAA